AUGCAACUUUCAAUACUUGCACUUUGCACCUUGCUAUGCCCUCGGGUGCUCGGUCACCCCUAUGUCUCUGAAACCACAUGCAUUUCAGCCACAAAGACAUCCGUUGAGAAUUUAUGGGUAGUCUCAGAGCCAACUGAGGUAUCCCAUAUCCAGGGGAAACGCGGAUAUGGCGAGAUCCUCCAGGCCAGAGACACUACUGCGACAACCGACUCUACUACAUCCACAGAUACCACAACCGAUACAACUACGUCGGAGACAUCUACUUCAAUAACGACAUCUACGAGCUCGACAUCUGAAACCUCUACUUCGACCUCCUCCACCUCUACAACUUCCACCUCUACAACCUCCACCACCAGCUCCACUACCAGCACUUCCUCAACGACAACCAGCAGCGCCUCGACGACGACAAGUACCACAACUGCAACUGCAACGAGCAGUUCUACGGCGGAGCUGGAUGAAUGGAACCGCAGGGGUAACAUAACAGCAAUUGUAUUUGGCUGCUGUAUGAUCUCGCUGUUUGUCGGAAUCAGUGUGAUUUACUGCGUGCGUGAUAGAGCAAGGGCACGACGAAUUGCAGCUAGGAAAGAGUUGGAGUCCAGUUCAUCGGACUCAAAGAUACCUCUUGUGGCCGCCAAAGAUAAGGCUAUCGCUGAUAUUGAGGUUAACCGCUCCUCUAUGAUGUUCACCAACCAGCCACAGACGGAAUACUUCCCAGCGCGAAGCAUCCCAUCAGUGUCGAACCAUCACAGCCACACCACAUCCGCGACGUCUCAGACCGCGACGUCUCAGACUACGACGUCUCAGACCACGACGUCUACUAGAGAUCACGCAUCACGAGCACACAUCAAUGAGCAGCAUACACCUUUGGUUUGA